AUGGCUAAAAGCAACUUCCACUUACAGAGGUCAAAAGAGAUGGAACACAGAAGUAGCUCCCAUCUUCUCCUCUUUUUUACAUUCCUCUAUGUUUUCUGCUCUCAAGCCAUUGCCUUGCCUCCUUUAGGAUCAUACUCAGCUAUAAGAAAUCAACUUUUGUGUCGACUUGCUGCAAUUAAGUAUUUGGAAUCCGUACUUGGAAAAAGAGUUGAAAACAACACACCCCGUGAUGAGCAGAUAGUCAAACGUCAAGCUGAUUCUGUCUUCACUGACCACUACAGCCGUUUACUAGAACAGCUGGCGGUGAAGAAGUACCUGGAGUCUGUUAUACCUGAGAAUAAAAGUCAAGAAGAUCCCAACCAACCCAACCUUCAGGAUGAAGUAGAAUUGCUUGAACCAGCCUUCUUAGAAAAUUAUGGUGAUGUCACUGUAGAUCAGUGGUUCUCAACCUUCCUAAAUAUUCCUACUUGA